UGCUGCUGAGUUUUCUCGGGCAGCGGUCGCAGGCGACUGGAGAAGUUGUGCUGAAAUUGCAAACACUUUUUCUCUGGCACUUAGCAGCGAAACUCGGUGAAGAGAGGAGGCAGCAGGUGGAAUUAAUAAAAACCCAAACCGCCGCUUGAUCAUGGGAAAAUCAGCUUCCAAACAAUUUGCUGAAGAAGUCUUGAAAGCACACAAUGACUACAGGAAGAAACACGGAGUCCCCCCAUUAAAACUCUGCAAGAAGUUAAACAGAGGAGCCCAACAGUACGCAGAAGAACUGGCCACCACAAGGGUCCUCAAACACAGCUCUGAGUCCGCUAAUGGAAAAUGUGGAGAAAACCUAGCAUGGGCAUCCUAUGACCAACCAGGAAAGGAUGUGGCUGACAGAUGGUACAGUGAAAUAAAAAACUACAGCUUUCAAAACCCAGGGUUUUCUUCUGGGACAGGUCACUUCACAGCAAUGGUUUGGAAGAACACAAAAAAGAUGGGAGUCGGAAAAGCAUCUGCUAGUGAUGGCUCAACGUUUGUGGUGGCUAGAUAUGAUCCAGCUGGAAAUGUAGUAAAUCCCGGCUAUUAUGAAGAAAAUGUCCUUCCUCCAAGAAAAUAACUUUUUUUUUUUAAAGGUAGUUUAUUGCUUAAUGACAAGUGAACCUGGAUUUGGACUUAACAGUGUUCGAAAUUAAGUAUGAUGCAAUGAAAUUUCCUGUUUGAUACUGCUGUUCACUUCUCAUUACAGAGGAAGCAAUUACUGUUGCUUGAGUCGAUCGCAUGUUAGGUCCCUGUUGUUUCUGAGGGGGCUUCACUUUAUUUGAGGAUGAAGUAUAUGCAGUAUUUCUGAAGGGUAAAAUUUAUAAGGUUUUUUUUUUAAUAGUUUGCAUGAACUCUGUGUCAGCAUGUGAGUAAGCACAUGUUGGAUGUCUCUUUUUAAACAAGCAAAUUUAUAGCUUUCUGUAAACUGAAGAUACCAGCUUGUAAUUACAUCAUGUACUCCCAGUUUUCCAGUAUUUUUUAAUAACUGUAACGUCUUUGCUCUAUCUAUACCUCCUGCUGCUGUGGGGCCUGCUCUCUGCAGAUGAAACAUAUGCAAAACUUCCCGUAUGAAAGGUACAUGUGUAAAAUGUAGUGGCAUUCAGACCUAUAUGUUUUUAUUAAGAGGAUCUCAGAGAACACUAAAAUGUUGCUGGCAAAAUUGUAUCCGUCAAGCAAGCUAUAACUAACGCAUGACCUGAAAGCUACUAAAAAAUUUUAAAUCCUAGCGUUACAUUUUAGGUGCUAAUAUUUAAAAUCUAUCUGAGAUGAGUGUAUUUCAAGUUGAACCCCCAUUUUACAGUUUACAGUAUGUACAUUGUCUUAUAAUCAAAUCGUUUACUGCUGUUACAGGAAAGCAAGAUACUGCCUUUUCUCUUAGAUACUUAUGCACAAAGAAAGUUUCUUUGAUGGAGCACGUUGGAUUUUAUUUCUCAAUAACUUAUUUUUAUUUCCUAGGGAAUAUCUUCUGCAGGUGUCAUGCUAUACAGACAAUAACAUUCCCAAAUCAUCUCGUCUCCUUUAAUAAUGUCACAGUAGGAGGUAUUCACAUGGUCAUAAUUAAGAGAUGUUUACUCUUUGUUCAUAUCAUUCAAUAAUAGUAAAAAUAUUUCGUGUACUGAUUGAUGCCUUGAAAAAAUUCAGAUUAAGUUUCCUUAACAGCAAGCAAGCAAAAAUUCUGAGGAUAGUUUUUUCUCUUACGAAAUGUGGAUUGGUCCAUUUUGGCCAGGUCCACAUAGUGUACUUCAAUUUGGGGUUUUCUUUUCUUUGUAAAUGUUUCUUUUGACUUCUGCUGAGAUUCCGUAUGCCAGAAUUUGGUUCAUGAAGAAUGCCAUUACAGAAAUACUUAUUUUUGUUUACACAGUUGUAAUAAACUGCACUGUUACAGCUUGAUUAUAUGUCACUGUGAUGCUGUAUGUUACGAUCCUUUUGGUGUAACCAAGAAUUUAACACAUAUAACGAACAUCUGAAAAUUAAAUAUUUUU